CGAAUAUUUUUCAGACUUUGUAAUGCAGUUUGCUGAUAGCAGUUAUUUAAACAAUUUAUCACGUGAACUGUGGUCUAUUUAGAUUAGGAUAUUUAGUGCCCUGCAAUCACUGCAGAGUCCAGCCUUCAUUAGACAGCUGGGAGCUUAAGUACUUUCCAUUAAUGGCUCAGCAGGAGUACAAGGCGCUCAAUGACUAUCUGUUCGAGUAUAAAGGAAUGACCUUCCCCAUAGGCGAGGAUUACAACAUUACUCCGGAGUUCAUAGACAGCUUAGAGCACUUUGAGAUCAGAGACAGCGACGUCUUCCUUGUCACCUUCCCGAAAUCUGGUACUGUGUGGACCCAGCGCAUAAUUACCCUGCUCUUUAACGACACCUUUCCGGACGAUGUGGACAAGUUCACGUACUUCCGCAUGCCUUGGCUGGAAUUCGUAGAAAAGAGUAUAGAUUACCACAACCGCCCGUCCCCUAGACUCUUCUGUUCCCACCUCCAGGAGCAAGUGGUUCCUAGAGGCUUGCAUAAAAAAAAGGCCAAGGUCAUUUAUGUUACCAGGAAUCCCAAAGACAUCAUGGCUUCCUACUUCCACUUCUCCAAGAUAAUGAUCAAGCUGGAACAACAGAAAGACAUGGACCAAAUGAUGGACAGAUUUCUUAGUGGAUGGAUGAUUGGUGGUUCCUGGUUUGACCAUGUUAAGGGCUGGUACAAGAACAGAGACAAGUACAACAUCCUGUUCUUAAGCUAUGAGGAGAUGAUCAAGGACCUAAGGUCCAACGUUGUGAAGAUCAGCGAGUUCUUGGGGAAGAACUUGUCCGAUGCCUCCAUCGACAGGGUGGUGGAAAUAUCCACCUUUAAGAACAUGAAGGAUGACAUCAAAGCCAACUACGAAUCACUACCUAAUUUUGUCAUGGACAAAGACAAGGGGAAGUUUAUCCGCAAAGGUACGAUUGGGGACUGGAAAAAUUUACUGACAGUGGCACAGAAUGAGAAGUUUGACCAAGUGUUUCAGCAGAAAAUGAGUGACGUGCCAUUAACCUUCAUCUGGGACGUCGAUGAGCUGCACGGAUGACAAGCGCACGGAGACACUGUGACUUGAGUCAUGAGUUGCGGUCCCACAGAAGAUAAAAAGAAAUGCCGAUUCCUGGAUAUAAAUGGACUAUCACAGAUUACACAACCUACUCCAACACAAAAUGUCACCCUAACCACCCAAAAUAAAAUUUCAGAUCAGAUGUGGGGCAAGUCUCCUUCAUCAGUAUUAUUAGCCAUGUCCAGAAUAACAUUACAUUGCUCAUAUUCAGAAACAUCUUCCUCAUCAGCUGUACCCCCCAGCAAAGGAAUACAUGCCAGAUUCAGGGGUCGAACUAUCUAAGAUUUGGCAGAGCUCUUUUCAAAUAAAAAAAACAAAUUAAUAAAUGAAUAAAAGUUUUCGGACCUUA